AAUCGCCUCUGCUUCCGAGACUCAAGAAGAAGCGGACGCGCGUGGCGAGAGGGCGGGUAUAGGCUGGCUUGGGGUCCUGUUUCCUUUACUCUGUCAAAGGAGCAGUGAAUGAUUACACCUGUCAUAGAAAAAGAACCUGGGGUGCUUCUGACCAGUCAACGGGAGCAGAUGUCAAACCGGGCACUACUAAGGGAAGUGGGGGAAGAGGCAAAGUUGCCUGACAAAGAAGAGCUGAACAGAAAGAUUAAAGAACAAAAAAUUGUAGUUGAUGAAAUUUCCAACUUGAAGAAGAACCGUAAAGUUUACAGGCAGCAACCGAACAGCAACAUAUUCUUUCUAGCAGACAGAAACCAAACUCUCUCUGAAUGCAAAAUUACUUUAGAUGAACUAAAGAAGGCACAUCAGGAAAUAGAAAACUCAGAAAAAGCCAAGAUCAAGAAAUAGCUAAAUCAAAUCCAAGUU